UAUUUAAUAUUAGUACAGUGUACAGUGAAUCAGUGUUAGUGUUCUUUCUUGAAUAAAGUGAAUAGUAGAAAAUGGCUCGUACAAAGCAAACAGCCCGUAAAUCGACUGGUGGUAAGGCACCACGCAAACAAUUGGCAACAAAAGCUGCCCGUAAGAGUGCACCAGCGACUGGUGGUGUAAAGAAACCACAUCGUUAUCGUCCCGGUACAGUGGCUUUGCGUGAAAUUCGUCGUUAUCAAAAAAGUACUGAAUUGUUGAUCCGCAAAUUGCCAUUCCAGCGUUUGGUACGCGAAAUUGCCCAGGAUUUCAAGACCGAUUUACGUUUCCAGAGUUCCGCUGUUAUGGCUUUACAAGAAGCAAGCGAAGCAUAUUUAGUUGGCUUAUUUGAAGAUACCAAUUUGUGCGCCAUUCAUGCCAAGCGCGUCACAAUUAUGCCCAAAGACAUUCAACUGGCUAGACGUAUUCGUGGAGAGCGUGCUUAAAUAAAUUACGAACGAAAAAUCUCAAUUUAUAAAAAACGGUCCUUUUCAGGACCACAA